AUGUUGAAGUUACCCACCUAUGUUGAUGUGUUGGAGAGGGCUAUUAUAGCAGAGGGAAACCUUGCUGCUCAGAAUCGGAUUUCUGAGUGGAAAGGGAAGAGGCAAAACGAUCAAUUGUUCAAGGGGUUAGCUACUCCACCAAACAAGAAGCAAAAUUCAGGGACCUCCAGCACAACCACUUUUACUCAAGAUUCAGCCCCUGUGUGUUUAGAAUGUGGAAGGAGGCACCGUGGAGUUUGUCACCGACUGUCUGGAGCAUGUUUCCGAUAUGGCAAAACGAGUCAUCUGAUAAGGGAUUGUCCUCAAGGAAAUCAACAAAAUAACAAGAAAGUUGUUAUAAGUUCAGUAGGGUCUGCACCAACUUCCAACACCAAGUCGGUUGUAAAACCUCCUAACAACAAAGACACUGCGAGGCAAGGUAGGGUAUUUGCAUUGGUUCCGGGGGAUGUGCAGAAUGCUGCGACAGUAGUCUCAGAUAAAUCUGAGGAAAAUUUGUCAUAUAUGUUAUGUGUGUCUUCACCUUUGGGAGACUCUAUGAUCUGUGCUUCUGUAUAUUUUGCUUGUGAACUCCAACUUGGGGAUAUCCGAGUAUAUGCCAAUCUGUUACCUCUUGAUUUGACCUAUUUUGACAUUAUUCUGGGCAUGGACUGCCUGAGGGAAUAUGGUGCAACUAUAGACUGUCUGAACAAGCAAAUCAGUCUCCACCCUCCGGGAAAACCAUAA